CUUAAAUGUUUAAAUGUAUUUUGUUUGCACUGCAUCAUAUAAAUUGUAAAUGUUGUAUAUGUUAUGUGUGGUUACUAGGCAUUAAACGCUUGAAUCAAUUUUAACUUUCUUCUUUAAAGAUAAACAAUUAUGUCAGGACGAAUAAAGAAACAAAGAUCUACUACCAAUACCACCGAAACUGCAACGUUAAGUUUAAAUGAAAGAAUUUUGAAAGAAUGUCAUGAUUUUUAUGUUGAUGAAAGAAAUGGACUCAUAAAAAUUUCAGCUGGUCUGAAUUUGGAAUUACUUGCACCAAGGAAGAAAAUAACUGCUCUUCUUAUUGGAAAUCAUUCUGCAGGGAAAAGUUCUUUCAUCAAUUGGUAUAUUGAAGAGCAUAUAUUGAAAACUGGAGUAGCCAUUGAAACUCAGGGAUUUACAUUCAUUACAAGUGGAAGAAAAAGAGAAACUUUGACUGGAAAUGCAACUUUACAUUUGUACCCCCAUUUCAAACCACUUUGUGAAAUUAAAGGCCUUAUUGAUUAUAUUAGCACAGAGAUAUCAACAUCAAAGCAAAAGAAAUUCAGUUUGGUGACAUUCAUUGAUACACCUGGUCUAGUUGAUGGUGAGAUGAAUUAUCCUUUUGAUGUUGAUAAAGCCAUCAAAUUUUUAGGGAAUAUCUCAGAUCUUAUUUUUGUAUUUUUUGAUCCUAUUGGGCAAGCUUUACGCAAGAGGACUCUGAAUGUUGUUGAAUCUCUUAGUGCUAAGCAUGGAGAUAAAAUAAAAUUAUUUCUAAGUAAAGCAGAUGAAGCUGGAAAUGAAACAGAUAGACAGAAAGUAUUGAUGCAGAUUGUUCAAGAACUGUGCAAAAGGCCAGGAUUAAACAGAGCAGGAUUUGACCUCUCUACUAUAUAUAUACCCAAUCCCAACAAGCCUGUUCGAUGUGUAAAUCAGAUAGAAGAAGUAUGUAAAGAAAUUGAAAAAACAAUUAAUAGGACUGUCCAAAACACUCUUAACACUUUAGAAUCUGAUUGUACAAAAAUAGAAAAUGCUAUUGAGGAUAAACUAAAAUAUAAUGAGAGAAGUAAAACUGAAAAUAUAAGGUCUGGUGGCAAAGGACUUGUAAUAGGUUUAGUAGGUUUGUCUUUGCCAAUUUUCUUAGUUCUGGGAAUUCUCAUCAGCAGUGCAUCAGUUCAGUUCCUUCACAAUACAAUUGGCACCACCCUCACAGAAGCUUUACAACUGUAUUUUAAACCAUUCUUUGUUCUUUGGUCAUUUAUUCCAGAAGAUAGCCAAGUGUUUGUUGUUAUUUUUAUACUAAUUCUUUCUGCCCUUCUUCUAGUGUUGGCAAGUUUUCAUAUCAGAUGGAAACCUACGCUAACUAGGAAACAAAAACAAAUUCUUUUGGAAAAGAAAGAAUAUGUUCAAAAUGUCAUAAAGAACAGAAAAAAGCAGCUAUAUGAUGAAUAUUUACGGCAGAGUGUUGCAGAGCAUGAACUGUGAUACCAAAUUUUAUGAAGUUUUUCUGUGUAAAUUUGUUUUAGAAUUAGUUUUUUACUUAUAAAAUUGUAAUAGAAUCUGGUCUCAUGAAAUCAUUUCAAUCACA